UCAUGAAAAGAGGACAACCACAAAAUAAAAGUUUGAAAAAGUUGGGGAAUGUCUUAAAAAGGCACAAAUCUGAUGAAGACCAGGAGGAGUCACAGGAUGGAUACAAACAGAUAGCGCUUGGGACACAAACAAUUCUGGAAUGUCCAGUGUGCUUUGAGAAGAUGGACUCUACAUUAAGACAAUGCAUGAACGGACAUGGAGUAUGCAGACCAUGUGCAUCAAAGAUUGACAAAUGUCCUACUUGUAAGGAAGAGUUCUCCCUGGCACUUCAUCAGAACACAUUGUUGAAUCAAUUACUAGAUUUGAUUCCUAAGAUUUGCCCUUAUGCUGAGGAAGGUUGUAACUCGGUGAUCAUAGAUCAGGAGCAUCAGACCUACUGUGAAUAUCGACCAACUGAGUGUAAAGUUAUGGCGUGUAAGUGGAGUGGGCGUGUCAAAGACUUACUUGAACACUUAAAAAGUAGUCAUGAAACUGGGAUUAUUAAUGUUAAUUUAAAUGAAAAAUAUUCAAGAUUCUAUUCAUUUCAUUCAUUUACGACAAUAGAAACUUGGAGUCCAAUUUUAUGCCAAAAUCAAAUUUUUUGGAAGUGCUUUUAUCAUCCAAAAGGUCAUAUAAAUCAUAUCUACCAUCGAUUAUAUUCUGUUCCAACAAUGAAGAAGUCUUGUGAUUACUACAUGGUAAUAUCAUUUGAAAAAGGUGAUUUAAAAUUUGAACAUUAUUGCAAAGCGGCAAACUUAGAUGACCAAAUUGAACCUGAAAAUAUAGAGGGUGGUCUUAUCAUUCCUGUUAAUGAGUUAAACAGAUUUUUGGUGCAAGGAACACAAAAUAAGUACGAUUACAAGCUGAAAUUGGUGAAAGAAAACAUUUCAUAGAUUCUUGUGUGUCAUGUCAAAACAAAAUGUAUAAUUAACGCUGUUGAAGACCAUUAAACAAAUUCUUGUUUGACAGCACAAGAUAAAGUAAAUGAAUUCAGUAAAACAAUGGAAACACAUUCUAACUUGGCUCCUUGUUAAGCCCAAUCAAAGUGUAGUCAAAGAUUGCAUGCAUCGUUGUAAUAAAAUUGUUCAUUAUUCUAUAA